AUGCAAGCCUCUGGAAACAAUGUAUGGUACUGGCCACAAUGGCGAGGGGGGCUGAUCACGUUCAAGGGGAGAGAGAAUCCAAAGGAGCAAAAUGUGUGGACCAGCCGCUACAAAGCCACCUACUGCUGCCUACCCCCAUCUGUAUUCUCUGAAGAUUUCAUCUCUUCAAACUGCAGUGAUCCGCCUCCCUCUUCCGCCAAUUGGGUUUCCGUAGUGCGUUCGGGUGCCUGUUCCGAGAUUGAAGGCAGUGAAGCUGUCGAACGAGAGGAAACAGCAGCCGGAUGGCACACCGCCUGCUCGGCUUCUGAUCUGAAGUCUCGGGUGAGCACUGGGACAACGGCUCGGGUCUACUUGCGUGAACAUCUGACCGUUCCCGGGGACUCCGGGCCCGAGUAG